GCUCUCACACGAGCAACAAAACCAUACCCAGAUCAAGGAGUUUCUCACACGUAUACAUACACUCACACAGCACCAUGGUGAAGUGUCUGAUCCGGAUCAAGACAAAAGUCAACGUUCACCUGCGGAUGAUUAAUCACUGUUACCGAGAUGUAAAGGUGCGGGUGCUGACGUUGGGCCCCAGACUUCUGGGUAAUGUUUUGGGUGCUCUGCCCAUCAUACCCUCUCUACCAGAGUCCAGUAGCUCCUCAGGGAUCAGCCUCUCUCCAUAUGGACGAAGCCACAGGGUCACAGAUUCGUCACAUGUAAGCAGUCAGUCCUCGCCUGAGCACUCCAUCUCUAGUAGCACUUCUUUACUGAGUACACACUACAGUGGCCCAGAGGGUAAAAAUGCACAAGCAAAAUUCACAGAAGAAUCCCACAAGUGCUCCAGUGAUGUCUUACUCACACCAGAAUUCAACAGCACACAUGACCAAGAUGUGAGGAAUCCGGAAUCAGUCCCUGAGAAAGAAGGUUCACUCACCUGCAGUGGAGGCUAUAAACCUCUAGGAAGCACAGAGACACAGCAAGCUGUGGAGAUGAUGGGCACGUUGGCAUGGCUUAUGUUAGUGAUGCUUGCUUUGCUCUUCGCCCUCCUGCUGCUUCUCGUCGCGCUAACAGAAUCACAGCUUGACGUGCCUUUUCUGAGAGACAUCCGAGAGACACCUGAAUUCCAGCGACUCCACUACACCUACUUUUGUCCACUGAGACGUUGGCUGACCUGCACACUGAGGUGGAUGGGGGUCCAACUCAUAAAGGAAUGAUGGGAUAUAAUGAGCCUCUCUGUAUAUUGUCGGAUCCCCUGAUAUCUUUGUUUUUUUGUUUCAUUUUUGUUCAUUUUUGUUCCUUUUAUUCACUGUUCUCUGGUUGUGUAUUUAUCUAUUUUUUCUUUUGGCUGAUGAAACUAUCCACUGAGCUUUGUUUAUUAUAUCUAAAAUCUUCCAGAUGGGUUUCCACUGAUCAUCACCAAUUCUGAGAUUUAGAUCAAUUGUGAGAAAACUUAUAAUGGAACAAAAGGAGACCUUUUCCUGUUUAAUUUUUAAAAAAAAGGACAAUAGUGAGGAGACAGGAUUUUCAAGAUGCCAUUGAUAAUGUACUGAAGGGCAGCAAAGAAAGGAUUCAAGAGAAAGGCUCAAUGUAAAGAAGGGUUCAAAUUUGAAUAAAAACCAAAUUAGGAUGUACAUUGAAGCAUGCAGCUAUAAAACCUAGUUAAAUCAGCUCCUUUCCUAUUUAAAAUCUGAGCAUAUGCAGUGCAACAAUUACCAUAUGUUUCCAUAUGAUGGUGUAACACCUAAUUAUACAAUACUAUACUAAUUAUAUAAUAUGUGUACAUAUUGUUAAAAAACUAGUAUACAUUACAAAGUCUACUUUAAAUGACUAAAUAUACUUUUAAGAAUUUUGAAUGGAUAGGUUACAAUAUAUACUGAGUUCUUAGUUCUUUCAUUGUUUUUGUGCCAUUCUGGUGCAUCUUCUUAAUUUAUAUAUUUAAAAAAUGUAUUGUCUUGUGCCACAGCAAAAAAGAACAAAACCUCAGCAUUAAAUCUGGUAUGGAAAUAGAGCCAAAAAGAGGGAAAUGAAUGUUUUUCGUAUAAUGUGUAAAGUCGUACAGGCAGUGAUAUUUAUGAUUAUUGGUUGGUUUCUGAGCAACUAAUAUUCUAACAGUGGUGAUGAUCAGCAGAGUUUGAGUUAUACCUACUGUAUAUGGAGAUUAACAACACAGGAUGUUACAGAGAAGAGGCAUCUUAUUAGGCAUGUCGAUAGUUCAGACACAGAGAAUAUGCUGUAGUCAUUAAGCUGAUGAUGGCUCUUGAGGUUUAAGUUGAUCUGUACUGUAAAAAUUUGAUCUUAUCCAAUGCUGUAAUGACACAAACA